UUGAAACGUAUUUCAAUUCUGUUAAACAGAAGGAGAUAAUGGAGUUAACAGGGAAAAAGGAAGAACAUAAUAGAAAAAUGGUUCUCUAUGGCCGAAAACACAGGAAACUUAUCAACCGAAGAAGAACCCUAAAAGAAAGAAAAAUUGAUCCAAAGGAGGAGGAAAGGUUCAUGAAAGCAUUGGAGAUUGAAACCAUGUCCUCAGAAGAUUCUGAUUCUGAGGACGAUUCUAUCUUCGUUACACGUCCUCUGUCGUGGGUGUCGACAGAGUUUAAACAGCUGAUACAGCGUUUGGAUAGAAAAUACGAUCGUAUGUUAAAUGCUCAGGGGAAGAGAUUAAAAUCCAAAAGAACAGUCGGGGAGCCUUCAGAUAGACCGUGUCCCAAAAAGCCCAAGGGACUGAAGUGGAUGUUUGGCUAAGGUGAUAUGGAGUUUUGACCAUCAGUCAUUUCAGAUACAUGUACAUGUACUAAUAAACAUUUUGACAUGCAUACAUGGUCUUGUUUAACUUAUUACGACGAACUAAUUUGAACUUAUGUUGCCGUCUCGUUUCAUUUUAUUAAAUUGUGUUUAUAUUCAGUUUCAGCUAAACAUGAAAAGAACCACGGGUCAUUCUCCCUUAACGUAAAACCAUUUGAUAUGCUUGGUGGGAAAGGGAAGCGGCGGAUUGACACACACGCGCUGCACACAAACAUAUUUUCACUUGUGUACACAAUUGUUUAUUUUUUGUAAAAUUUUGUUCGCUUGGAUCUAUUCUUUCAAUAAUGUACAUGUUUAUUUUUAAAUGAAAUGUAGCAUGUGUAUGUCAUUGAUUAUGACGUGUUAUUCAUUUGUUUUGUCUUAUCAUUUUUGUCCACUAAAACUUUUAAUCAAUUCACAAAAUUCAUUACAUUUAUUUUUAUGGUUUUUAUAAAUACGCUGACUUCUCAAAAAAAAGAAAUCAUAAAUUUAAUGUAAAAAAUGAAUAUAGAAAUAUAAUGAACACGUUUUCAGUUUGUUUAGAUUUAUAUUUAUCAAAAUAAGGUUUGAUCAGAAUGUGAUGCCAAAUAUGUAACACUUCUUCAAACAUGUAGCCAUUUGAAUGUGUAUAAUAAAG